CCGCCGCCCUCCCGCCCGCCCGCCGCUCCUCCGCCGCCCGCCGCCGGGUCUGGUCGCGGCCCCCGCUUGUCCUCGGCUCCGGCCCCUCGCCGCUGGAGAGCCCUUCGGCGCGCAGGGCCCAUGAGCAACCGUCGGUAGCGCGCCAGCCUGCCGAGCCCGGAGCCCGAGCACAGCCUCGAGGUUCCACUUGAGGUGCUCCUGACCAUCCCUGCUCCCCACCCCACCCAGGAUCCCGGCAAUGCUAACCGCUGUCUGCGGCUCUCUGGGCAGCCAGCACACGGACGCGCCUCACGCCUCCCCACCGCGCCUGGACCUGCAGCCUCUCCAAACAUACCAGGGCCACACGAGCCCCGAGGCCGGGGACUACCCCUCCCCGCUGCAGCCUGGAGAGCUGCAGAGCCUCCCGCUGGGCCCUGAGGUGGACUUCUCGCAGGGCUAUGAGCUGCCGGGGGCCUCCUCUCGGGUGACCUGCGAGGACCUGGAAAGCGACAGUCCCUUGGCCCCGGGACCCUUUUCCAAGCUCCUGCAGCCGGACAUGUCACACCAUUACGAAUCGUGGUUCCGGCCAACUCACCCCGGCGCCGAGGAUGGCUCGUGGUGGGACCUGCAUCCGAGCACCAGCUGGAUGGACCUCCCCCACACUCAGGGCGCGCUGACCUCACCCGGCCACCCCGGGGCGCUUCAGGCCGGCUUGGGGGGCUAUGUCGGAGACCACCAGCUCUGCGCGCCGCCGCCCCACCCACACCCGCACCACCUCCUCCCGGCCGCCGGAGGGCAGCACCUCCUGGGGCCUCCCGACGGGGCCAAGGCCUUGGAAGCGGCCGCCCCGGAGUCCCAGGGGCUAGAUUCCAGUCUGGACGGAGCCGCCCGGCCCAAAGGCUCCCGGCGGUCAGUGCCGCGCAGCUCGGGCCAGACCGUGUGCCGCUGCCCCAACUGCCUGGAGGCGGAGCGACUGGGGGCUCCGUGCGGGCCCGACGGGGGCAAGAAGAAGCAUUUGCACAACUGCCACAUCCCGGGCUGCGGGAAGGCCUACGCCAAGACGUCGCACCUGAAGGCGCACCUGCGCUGGCACAGCGGCGACCGUCCCUUCGUGUGCAACUGGCUCUUCUGCGGCAAGCGCUUCACGCGCUCCGACGAGCUGCAGCGCCACCUCCAGACCCACACGGGCACCAAGAAGUUCCCCUGUGCGGUCUGCAGCCGCGUCUUCAUGCGCAGCGACCACCUGGCCAAGCACAUGAAAACCCACGAGGGCGCCAAAGAGGAGGCGGCAGGGGCGGCCCCGGGCGAGGGCAAGGCCGGCGGAGCGGUGGAACCCCCCGGGGGCAAAGGCAAGCGGGAGGCGGAGGGCAGCGCGGCUCCCUCCAACUGAGCUCCUCCGGUACCGCUCCCCCCAGCUGGUGUCCCUUGGCGGCGCGAGAGGAGAUGUCCCGCUGGGCUGAUCGACGCCCGUGGGGGGCGCCUUGUGUACGGGGAGGAGGUGGUUAUUUAUUGAGGGGGAGAAGAAGGGGUGCGGGGUCAGGGAGACGGGGCGCUAGGGGUUCUUUUAGUCUCUGGGGCUGGACCAGACGUGUUUGACUGGCUGGGCUGGGAGGAGCGGAGCAAAAGCCUCUCUGUCCUCCCCUUCCUCACUACUUCACUCCUGUGCCUCUGCUGGGGGUUUGGGGUGGGGUCCCCCUGCCGCGGCUGGAGGGCGGAGGGGACCUGCUGGAAGAGACGGCGCGUCCCCGGAGCAGAGAGGAGUGGGGCCGCCGCGGGCGCUGCGGGUAGCUGCCUGGACACGUCCUCAGCGCCUGGGAACCGGGACAUAAAAGCGCCUCUGGACCCGCCCUGCGGCCCAGGUCCCUUUCAUCCCCCCUUAUAGUGCUUCUAUCCCCAUGGUUUCCCCAGGGAAAGCCAAGGUGGAGUGGGGGAGACAGGGGUCCCCCUUCGGGAGGGGUCUCUAUCUGGUUGGGAGGGUUGUUGCUGUAGAAAUAACUCCUUUGAUGUGCCUCCUGAUUAACCCUUCCAAACCCACUCUGAUGGAGCCAUGAAGGAAGAAGGGGAAGAGGCCAGAACCGCAGACAGCUUCCCAGCCAGAGCGGUGGGGUGGAGAGAGCUAGACUGGGGGGAGGAGCACAAAAAGGCCCCUUCUAAAAUGAGAGAAAUGGAUUUGGUGGGAACUAACUAAUGGAAGGAACUAACCCCUUACCUCUCUAACUCGGAUUCAGUCCUUAAUAACUCAUGGGUUUGUUUUUUUUUUUUUUUGAAAAAUAAAUAAAAAAAAUAAAGUUCAGUAUAGUUCCCACUCCCCACCUGCUACUUGAUCUAGGUUUUCAAGGCAACCAGAAACCCCAGCCCCCACUCUAGCAUUGAUGUAGUUCCUGGUCCUGGGUCCCCUCAAUCAUUUAUCGUUCCCUUAGGGACAGAAGGAAAAGGGUUACCUUGGUUGUCUGGGGAGUAGAUGGGGUGUCCCAGUGGAGAGACAUCCAGUGGUCCCCACUCAGAGUGGAGGACUCUGCCCCUGCCCAGCCAUCUUCUGUUCACUGAGAAGCUAAGGCUCACCCUUCCUUUUCUCUACCUUCUCCUUUCUCUGUUGCCCUGCAAGCCUUGCCCCUCCUGUAGGGUGUGUGUUAGGGGGCUCCUUUCUCUCCAUCUCAAUUCCGGCCAGGGGGACUCCCCUUUCAUAUGAAGGAGGUGUUCUCCUACUGGAAGGGGUCUGCCUUCUGAGGUGAUGUCCAGAAAGCUAUCCCUGUCCCCUCCUUUAGAUGCUAGAAAUACAUCCUGGUUGUGAUCUUGGAGUGGGGGCUGGGGAGGGGAAAGCCUAGCAGGGGUGGGGCCAGGCAAAGGGAAGGAAGCAGAUAGGGGUAAGGAUCUGGAACUGGUAGCCUUUUCCAGGCUAGAGGUAGAGGCUGUAAGAUUGUCUCUGACCUCCCCUGAUCCCUUGCCCCUCUUUCUCCACCCAGAGCCCUAUGUGAGGAUUAGUUGUGUAUUGAUUUUUAAGUUAUAAGCAAAAGGUAUUUUAUUUAAUAUUAGGGCAUGUGUGUGUGCAUGCUGUUUGUACCUGUAUGUGUGUAUGUGUGUGUGUAUGUGUGUUUCUCUACUGAGCCUGGGGUCUCCAGCUGGAGAGACCCCACCUUGUUCACCUGUCCAAGGUCCUAGGACUUAGGCCCACAGUGUCUCUUCCUCUCUUGGGAUGCUGGAGCCCAGUCCCAGGACUGGGAGCUAAAAGGGAAGUAGGUUUGGGGUCUGGGUAGGAAUAUGCAUUUGUGUAGAAGGGAGCCCUUCUUAAAAGGGACAGGGUGACUCUCCCUGAGAGACUCAUGGGCCUGGGGUAGUUUAAGAAAUUAUGUUCUUUCUUUUUGCUCCCUCUUUACCCUACCUCUUGCUACCCCAACCAGAGGUCCCUUUCCUCGCUGAGAGGGUUGGGGGCAGGAGAGAGUUGGCAUUGCCUGCAGGUUGCCAGGCUGGCGGGGGGGGGGGGGGAGAGGGAGGACACUAUGAGUGUGGGAUGCCUUUCUCCACCCAUCGAAACCAGCCACCCCCUCCCUGUGCCACCAGGACAGCCCUCCCCAGUGACCAUUCUAAAGGGAACUCCAGAAUGGGUGUUGGGGCUGGGGGGGUACUGGUGUUGCCCCUGUGGAGGACUUGAGCUCUCAGGAUGCGGGUGAGGGCUUUGGAUGGGUUUUCUUCUGCUCCCCUCCUUUAUAGAUCUAGGUUGCUUGGCUGUCUGCCCCCUUCUAGGCAGCCCCCUAGAGGAGAAAUGUAGGAUUUUUUCCUUUAACUGCUGUGAACCCACUUUGGGGGGUGAGGAGGAGGAAGAAACAGCCUGUUUUUUAUGCCAUAAUAAAGUCAUCAACCACA